CAUCUAGUUUGAGAGUACUUGGUCGUCGUAAGAAAAUACGGCGCGAAAUAAACAUAAUCUACAUUGCAUAUGUAAUAGUCAAAGGUAUCUCCAUAAGUCAAACACUAGCCCAAGCAAUCAACUAGUCUAGUUCUAAGUCUGCUGCACGGGAAAGACAGUUCACCUGUGUAAACCUCCUAAGUAAAAUGGCGUCCGAAGGUUCUUCGUCUUCUACCAUGGAUUCUAUCGAAAAAAGUGAAAUAAUGAAGAAAGCCGCUGAACUCUUGGCACAGGGUAAAAAAAACAUGAUCUGUGGGGAGGUCCCAAAGGCUGUGAAUGUAUUUGAGGAGGCUGUGCAAUUAUUAGUUAAAGAAUGUGGUGAGCUGUCACAUGACUGUGCAGAUGCUUACUUUAACUGUGGUUCAGCAUUGCUGGAGCUAGGUCGAAUGGAAACAAAUGUCUUGGGCACAGCUUUGGAAGGAGUGGAUGUUGAGGAAGAAAAGGAGGAAGAAGAAAAUGAACAGUUUGAAAAGCCACCUGCAGAUGAUGACAAUGUGAGGAAACAACUGAGGGAGGAAGUUUAUGAAGCUAUGGCAGAAGGAGAAAGAGAAGAAGAGUUUUCAAAGAUCAUCACUGAGAAAGCUAUCAAGUCUUGUGCAGAUUUGGUUGAGAAAGAUGGGGAAAGUAAGAUGGAAGGUACUGAAGCUGCUGUUGAAGGUUCAGAGGCUAAAACUAAUGGAGACAAGCAUGCGGAGGAUGUUAAAGAUAAUGGGAAUACAGAGGGUGCAAAAAAUGGUGACUCUACUGUGAAUCCUUCAUCUGACAAGGUAGAAGCACCUGCCUCAAAAGAAAGUGAAGAGGUAAAAGCUGUAGACAGUGAAAAAAGUGAGAGCAAAGCUGAGACUGAAAUGGAGGCUGAGAGCACUGAUAAAACUGAAGUGGCCAAAGAUCAAGCGGAGAAUGGUACCAAGGAGUCAAGUGAUAAACCACAGGAGUCCAAUGGAGAUUCUAAGACCCAAGGGUCAGAUGACAAGGUGGCCAGUGGGGACUCUAAGGCUGAAGAAAGCAAAGAGGAAACAAAUUCAAUGGAAACUGAGGUGUCUAAUGGUACUACAACCAGUGAAGACAAAGUAGAGACUGACAAAACCAAAGCAGUUGAAACCGCUGACAAAGCUGAGGCAGACAAAGAUAAUGUUGAAACCACUGAUAAGACAGAAGCUAAAAACGGUGUUGAAGCAGACAAGAGCAGUGUUGAAACCAAAGAUAAGGUUGAUGCAGAUACCAACAUAGAUACCAAAGACAAAGCAGAGGCAGACAAAACCACUGAAACUAAGGACAAGGUAGAGGCAGACAAAGACAAUGGUGUGGAGUCAAAUGAUAAAAAGCCAGUAGAAGCUGCAAGUGAAGAGGCUAAAAGUACUGCUGAGGACGCCGAGGGGAAAAAUGGUGAAAGUAAAGAAGCUGAUGAGGAUGUUGAAAUGGCUGAAGCUUCAGAUGAAGAGGAAGGCGCAGAAGAAGAGGCAGCUGAAGGUGAAGAAAGUCAAGAAGGGGAAGAAACUGAAGAGAAAGAAGAGGACAUUCCAAAUUUCCAGCUAGCUUGGGAGUACCUUGACCUUGCUAAAGUAAUUUAUUUAAAGAGUGAAAGCAAAGAAGACCUUUUAAGAGCAGCAGAAUGUCAUAUUAAGUUGGGAGAAGUCAGCAUGGAAACAGAGCAACAUGCAACAGCUGCUGAAGAUUUGCAGAGUGCCUUAAAAAUUCAACAGAAAUUACUCCCUGCUGAUGACAGAUUAAUUGCAGAGACUCAUUACCAGCUUGGUUUGGCUUAUGGACUAGGGAAAGAAUUCCAGCUCUCUAUUGAACAAUACAAACUGGCUAUUAGUGUUAUUGAAGCUAAAAUUGCAUCAUUGACCAAACUCAUUGAGGGAAAAGAUGCAGACACAGAGAACAAAGAAAACUGUGAAACAGAUGAAUUAAAAAAGCACAAAGAUGAGAUAAAGGAGCUUCAAGAUCUCAUACCAGAGAUGAAAACAAAGAUUGAAGAUACACAACAAGAAGCCAGUGAUAUGGAAAAAAUGAAAGAAAUGGCUAAGGAAGUUUUGGGGCUUUCAGGAACAACAAAGGGAUUUGGUUCACCAGUUAAAAAAGCAGAUCCAGGUGCAGCUAGUGGUAGUACAGACGUUGAUGAAAAUGGAGAGAAAAAACCAUCGGAUAUUGCUCACUUAGUUAGGAAAAAGAGAAAGCCAGAGGAUGAUGUGGCACCAUCCAGCCUUGAGAUCAAGAAGAUUCGCCAGGAGGAGGGAGCAUCUGGUGAUGCUGUCAAUGGAGUGGAAGCUGUCAAUGGUCAGGCCAAGGUUAAUGGCAAUGGAGAGACAACUGUGUGUGGUGAUAGUGUUGUUCCCCCUGCUGAAGUGAUUAAGAGUGAUGCUGCUGCAGCAGCUGAGCCCAUGAGCACAUAGUGAAGCAACAUCUGUGAUCCCUUCAUGUGUACAUGAUCCAUCAUGCUUUAUCCUCAUCAUAUGUACAUCUUCCAUCAAGCUUACUGCAUCAUUUUUCCAUAGGACUAAUCAUUUACACCAAUUUUCUAAUCUCCACUCAUUUUUAGUGUGCUAAUCUUUUAUUUGUAGCCUCUUGUAUUAUUAUUACCCUUUUGAGGCGGUGUAUAAUAAAUAGAGGACCAUUGAUUGUUGUUGUAAAAAUACUUUAAUACCAUAACUUGUUCAUAAUCCAAACCAUAACUUGUUAAUGUGGUUGGUUGUUGCUGCUGCAUUUUGGCUUUGUUGAUAAGUGAGAUUAAAAUUAUUGUCAAGCA